AUGGCGAAGAAAAAGAAGCCCGCCGGCAACCCCGCACGGGGCUUUGCGACCACGUCUGUUGCGAGCAAGCCCAAGCCAGAAAAGACGGCCGCAGAUGGCCCAACCAAGGAAGUCGCUCAAGCACCGUUAAAGGAAAGCACGACGGCACCGGAACCUACAGAUGCACCCCAGACAUCCCAGCCGACCGAAGCGCCCAAGCCAGAAGUCGCACCCACUCCAGAGGAACUCGAGGCCCAGCUAGAGCGAGAUGAACUCCAGCUGCUUGUUGAGAAGCACGCACCAAAGGUUCGGCGUGAAUCAAGUCGACAUGUCUCAAAGUUCCAGACAGACCGUAGGCUCCUCCGCAGCCAGUCGCAUGCCAUGACCGUUCAUGAUUGGCUUCCUAAUGAGAUCUUGGAUAGUAUCAUCCUCCUGGCCCAAGCAGAGUCGAAUGAUUCAAACAGGAGACAAGGACAGCAGUCCCUUCUCAAGACCCUGACUGAAGAGGAUGCCAUGUCCAAGCUUUGGACUCUUGAUCUUACCCUACGUGAGCUAGGCUUCUCCCAAGACCACAUUCAGCCUGUCUUGAGAUGGCUUUGUGCCAAUGCUGCAAGCAUCGAUGCAUCUUCCGGUAUUUGGGGUCUUCAAGAAGCGCUAGAGUGGCUUGCUUUGGAUCAAUGCGAGGACCACUCUUUCUCGUACGAAGAACUGCAGCCUAAACGAUCAGGGCUUGAGUCUCUCGACGCUUCUCGGCCCCCUACACCGCCACCUCAGCCAGCAGCAAACGGAGCGACCACAUCUGGAGCCUCACCUUCAACAGCUCCUAGAGCCCCGGCACCGGCCGAGUCCAGUCAGUCAGAUGUUUACGUCAGUGAUCUUGACAGCGACCUUGAGCUCGACGAGCUUAUCCCUGCGUAUCUGAAGAUCAAGGGCAAAUUGUUCGAAAUUGAUCCUCAGCUCGUCGAUGCCUCUACACGAAAACCGAAGGGUGGUAAAUCCAAGAAGACAGCGCCUGUGCCCACGCAGACUCCUGAUGUCAGGAAAUUACUCUCUCAACUGCAGCAGAUAACUUCAGAUCCCCUCUUUGAUGAGUAUCAAGCUGAAGCGCAGUGGCCCGCGAAGCGUAACCAGAUUGCCCAAAGUCAAGCUGAGAAGAGGCAGCGAACUGACUCAAAGUCUGGCGAUUCGCAAGUACAGGACAAAGACGUCACUCUCGAACUUCCAGUGUCGGCCAAGGUUGAAGCUGCACCUGCACCAGCAGCUUCUUCAACCGAACACGAAGGUGAAGAAGACGCUGAUCUGCUGGGAGGCAUGUUUACUGCAGUGUCUGAUGCAACGCCUGCCUCUGAGAAUACAUCCAACGGUGUGAGUUCUGAUGACAUAGCCCUGCGUGACUUCGGCAAGAUGAGUGGAGUGUCUCCCCGCAAAGUGCUCGAAGAGGCGGUCCGAUCAAGGGAUGCUGGUGCACGUCUAACUUACAAGAUGAUCUCGCCUACAACGUAUACUUGCCGACACUCGGUAACCAUCGACUGGUCCAAGGAACAAGAUGUUGAAUAUGACACGGAGAUUACCGGGGUGGUUUGUACUCCGUAUAGGAAGCAGAUCAUAUUCGCGGCGACCGACAUCGCUGCUGUAUCGGUUGAACAAAGUGAAAGUUUCAUCUCCGUCGCCGCGCUCUUUUCGAUCUCCGCCUCUCUUCCGAAAGAAGAAAAGGUUCAUCUCCGGCUUCCAUCCAACUGGAGAGAGAUUUACAGAGAGUUUUUGGAGCGUCGGAAGACGCGCCUGGAUGCGUUGGAUCGUGAUGCUAUUAAACACUAUCGCUCGAUUAUCGAGGAUCAGAUCGAGAACGAAGAGUCGGAUGGUGUUGUGCUUACGAAUCGCUUCAAGAUGCGCGCUCAGGCUGCGACGAGCUCGAGCGCAUCAAACUCUGGCUAUAGCACACCGGUGCGACAUCACGAUGGUCUAAGAGAGCUAUGGGCCGCCAAAACGUCAACUCCAUCAUACCAACGUAUGCUUAUUGGACGAAUGAAUCUCCCAGUCUUUAACUUUAAAGAUUCCAUCUUGUCGACAAUCGAUAAAAAUCAGGUCACCAUCAUCUGCGGUGAGACUGGCUGCGGAAAGAGUACACAGAUCCCGGCCUUCGUCCUCGAGCACGAGCUCUCCCAAGGUAAGGCAUGCAAAGUCUACUGUACCGAGCCAAGACGUAUCUCUGCCAUUUCACUUGCCCAACGUGUGAGCGAGGAACUAGGCGAAGGGCCCAAGGAUCUUGGAUCCAUGCGCUCACUCGUCGGAUACGCAAUUCGUCUCGAGUCAAAGACCUCUUCCCAGACUCGCUUGGUGUAUGCGACUGUGGGUGUGGUAUUACGCAUGCUAGAAUCAUCUGGCGGGUUACAAGAGGUUACCCAUCUGGUCAUUGAUGAAGUUCACGAAAGAUCUAUCGACACUGAUUUUCUCCUGGUUAUACUUCGGUCACUGAUGGAGCGCCGACCUGAACUCAAGGUUAUAUUAAUGAGCGCCACGGUAGAUGCCGCAAAGUUCUCAAGGUACCUCAACGAUGCGCCGAUCCUCACAGUACCAGGUCGCACUUUCCCAGUUCAGACUCGAUACCUGGAGGAUGCAGUAGAGUUGACGCAUUAUGCUGGAGCGUCCGAUGCGACCAAAGUUGCCGCCACAAGCGACGACGACGAGAAUGACGAGAUCACAAGUGAUAAAUCCGGCAUUCCCAGCAAGCUCCCAGGGUACAGCCCAGCGACGCGCAAUGUGCUCUCCGCUUAUGACGAGUAUGCUAUCGACUACGAUCUGAUAACGCGCCUGAUUGAGACGGUUGCGUAUGAUCCGCAGCUGAGUCGCUUCAGCAGUGCCAUCUUGGUUUUCCUUCCUGGCCUUGCUGAAAUCCGCCAGCUCAAUGACAUACUGGUUAGUCAUCCUUCUUUCAAGGCCGACUGGUAUGUGUAUCCGCUGCACUCCACCAUCUCGAGUGAGGAUCAACAGGCCGCAUUUCUCGUUCCACCUCCAGGCGUACGCAAGAUUGUGCUCGCUACCAACAUCGCUGAGACUGGAGUUACGAUCCCGGAUAUCACCUGUGUUGUUGACACUGGCAAGCACAAAGAGAUGAGGUUUGACGAACGCAGACAGCUAUCGCGCUUGACACAGUCGUUCAUCUCAAGAGCCAAUGCGAAGCAGCGCCGCGGUCGUGCAGGCCGUGUACAGGAAGGACUAUGCUUCCAUCUGUUUACAAAGUACCGGCACGACAAUCUCAUGGCGGAACAGCAGACACCUGAGAUGUUGAGACUUUCGCUUCAAGACUUGGUCAUGCGCGUGAAGAUCUGCAAACUGGGUGAUAUCGAGGCUACCCUUGCUCAAGCACUCGACGCACCCUCUUACAAAAACAUCCGCCGAGCGAUCGAUGCACUUGUGGAGGUCGAUGCGUUAACACCAAGCGAAGAACUGACACCUCUUGGACGUCAAAUCGCAAAGCUCCCCUUGGAUGCACACUUGGGUAAGCUUGUACUGCUUGCAAGCACAUUCGCUUGUGUCGACGUUGCUAUUACCAUAGCUGCAAUUGUCUCUUCCAAGUCUCCGUUUUUGACGCCAUUCGGGGCAAAGCAACGAGCUGACAUCGCUCGUCUCGCGUUCAAGAAGGGCGAUUCUGAUCUUCUCACGACUUACAACGCCUACAGGGCCUGGAAGGCAGUCUGUACUACUCCAGGACGGUCUGAGAUGCAGUUCUGCCACAAGAACUUUCUCAGCCCGCAAAAUCUGGGAAAUAUCGAGGACCUCAAAGCCCAACUCUUCUCCUCACUGGUGGACGCAGGCUUCAUACAACUUACCCCCGAAGAGCGCCGCGCCAUGAGCCGCUACCGGAACACGUCACGUCAUCGUGUAUUCGUCGAGGUGCCAGCACAGUAUGACAUCCAUACCGACAACGACAUUCUGGUCAACUCUGUCAUAGCGACAGCGUUCUACCCCAAGAUCCUAACCCGCGAAGGCAAAGGCUGGCGAAACAUCUCAAACAACCAAACUGUCAGUCUAGGGCCAACCUCGGUCAACAAAGGCUCGCAAACCGCCCACUUCCUCUCCUACUACAACAUCAUGCAAUCCAGCAACAAAUUCUACAACGCACACUCUACUUCCAUCGCGUAUCCCCUGCCCAUGGUGCUCAUGGUAGCCGCAGAUAUGGACUUUAAAUUGCACGCCGGUGUCAUCAGUCUGCCGGGUAAUGUACUGCGGUUUGCGGUUAGGGAAUGGAGGGCGGCUGUUGCGCUGAAGGUGUUGAGACGGCGGAUCAAGGAGAUUCUGGCGAAUAGCUGGAAGAAUCCUGCGCGCCAGUUGAGUGAUCGGGAGAAGGAGUGGCUUGGUCUAUUCUACAGAAUGUUUGAGGAGAGGUUUGAGAAGGAUGAAAGGAUUAGGGAGAGGGCUGGGGGGAAGGCGAAGUGA